UACCGGUACCCUGCUCUCCGUGCAGUCUUGAGGUCAUUUUAAUGAUACCACUGAGCCAGCUGAAGUUGCCUUCCUAUCUUGCUCCAAAUCUCAAAAAUCCUGUGAUUUAAAAUGGAGCUGGACACGUGGAAAGCUGGGACCCUCGUCAGCUGCUUAGUGAAUCGUCCCAUUUCCCGGGUCCUUUUUUCACUCAGGUGCAGAAGUAUGGUCCACAGAGAAAUAGAAGAGAGUCAUCCAAGCCUUGGGGCACCACCCAGCCCCCUCAUCACCAGGGCUGGGGCAGAGAAAGCAGUAGCUAGACUGGCACAGAAGGCCGAGGGGGCAGCUGGGAGGCCUUGACAUCUCUCUUCACUCAUGAGUCUGGCGCUGAGACCCAGCACUGCCCUUCCUUUAUGCUGACUGCUACAGCCAACAAAAGUCAUUUCCUCGGGCCUGCCGGUGGGAAACGGCCUCUCAUCACUGGGCUGGGCUGGGCCCUCCCUCAGGGUGGGGCAGAAGGGCUGAGGAAAGCUCUGCAGGCUUGAAGACAGCAAGAAAAUCUGGAGCUGCUGCCUUGCCACCCCGUCUGAACACACAGCCGAGAAUUCAACAGUUGAGCCCUUGAGACCUUGGAAAAGGAUAGAGUCCCAGAAGUGGAAUUACUGGGUCAAAGAGAAUAACGCUCAUUAAAGCCUCUUGAAACAAAGGGCCGAGUUAUUUUGUAGAGAAGUUUUCACCGGUUUACACUGAGAGUCACUAUCUUCCAGUGAGUUGGCCGCUGCCCCCGCAGAGAGGAGAAACAGCCCCCAGGCUUGAAGGCUUCCCCCAAGCUGUGUGGCGGCCGCAGUGAGGGUGAGCAUGCUGGGAUUCCGGCCGUAGUUCCGUCUCAGCUACCCCUCCCCUGGCACGGCGACCAUCCUGUUUCCAUUUCUUUGGGUUCUUCGUUUCAUAAAAUCCCAGGAGAAAAAAACGUCCCAGGGGUGGAGGCUGUUAGUGGUAAAGGCUGUGGAGAUGGGAAUGGGGGCAUCCCUACGUUUGCGCCAAGAGAAGAAUUUGUCAACAAGAAUCCAACAUCUGGAGAUCCUUCACGGAAACAUGCGUCUAUUCCUAAGUGAGCUUCCCCGAGCAGGAUAAAGAAAUAGGAGGCGGUAGCGGGGUAGGGUUGGAGUACGCUUCCCGCUGGAGGGCUAUGGCCCCUUUAAGGCUCAAUUCAGGACCUGGCCCUUUAAAGCCUGUGUCAGUUUCCCCUGACGUCAGCGGCGGACCCGCCGCGCUGCUGUUUACCGCCUCUCGGCGCAGAGUACUUUCCGGAGUUCGGGGCCGCGGAGCCGCUGGGACCGCCCGCCCUUAAAGGGCCCGCGCCCUUGCCCACUCGCCGCGCCCUGCGGCGUCGGGUCCCUACCCCUUAGCAGCGCCCUCGCCGUCGGCCUCCACGCGUCGCGGCCGCCCCCGCCGCCGGCUUGCCCUCCCUCCUCCCCGGUCCCGGCGUCUGUCUGCAGGCUCCCAGCAACCAGUCGUCCCUCGCCCUCCGGGCCCAGACCCGCGGCCGCAGGGGCUCCGGGUGGGCGGUGCUCGGCCCCCCUUGAGCGGCAGCCGCCCGCCGAGGCCGGGACCCCACGCCCUGCCCGCCUCCCCGGGGCCCGGCGAGCCUCUCUGCGGCUCCUGGGAGGAGACGUCUCCUAAUCUCAGGCGGGGUUAAAGUUCUGGUCGUGGUGAGAUGCUGGAAGCUGCGGCCGGAGCCGCAGCCCGUCCGGGAGGUGCCCUGUCGCCCGUCGCCGCCGCCGCCACCUACGCUGCCGCCGCCCUGCUGGGGCCAUGUUCGUUCUGGGCUUGCCCUUCUUGGCGCUCUUGGUGGCCUCGGUCGAGAGCCAUCUGGGGGUCCUGGGGCCCAAGAACGUCUCCCAGAAAGACGCCGAGUUCGAGCACACCUACGUGGACGAGGUCAACAGCGAGCUGGUCAACAUCUACACCUUCAACCACACCGUGACACGAAACCGGACAGAAGGAGUGCGUGUGUCUGUAAAUGUCCUGAACAAGCAGAAGGGGGCUCCCUUGCUGUUCGUGGUCCGCCAGAAGGAGGCUGUGGUGUCCUUCCAGGUGCCCCUCAUCCUGCGAGGGCUGUUUCAGCGCAAGUACCUCUACCAAAAGGUGGAACGAACGCUAUGUCAGCCCCCAACCAAGAAUGAGUCUGAGGUCCAGUUCUUCUACGUGGAUGUGUCCACCCUGUCACUAAUCAACACCACGUACCAGCUCCAGGUCAGCCGAAUGGAUGACUUUGUGCUCAGGACCGGGGAACAGUUCAGCUUCAAUACCACAGCAGCUCAGCCCCAGUACUUCAAGUAUGAGUUCCCGGAGGGAGUGGACUCGGUGAUUGUCAAGGUGACCUCCAAGAAGGCCUUCCCCUGCUCAGUCAUCUCCAUCCAGGAUGUCCUGUGCCCUGUCUAUGACCUGGACAACAAUGUAGCCUUCAUCGGCAUGUACCAGACUAUGACCAAGAAGGCAGCCAUCACCGUGCAGCGCAAAGAUUUCCCCAGCAACAGCUUCUACGUGGUGGUGGUGGUGAAGACUGAGGACCAGGCCUGCGGGGGUGCCUUGCCUUUCUACCCCUUUGUAGAAGAUGAACCGGUUGAUCAAGGGCACCGUCAGAAAACCCUGUCAGUGCUGGUAUCCCGAGCAGUCACAUCUGAGGCCUACGUGGCUGGCAUGCUCUUUUGCCUGGGCAUAUUUCUCUCCUUCUACCUGCUGACCGUCCUCCUGGCCUGCUGGGAGAACUGGAGGCAGAGGAAGAAGACCCUUCUGGUGGCCAUGGACCGAGCCUGCCCAGAAAGCGGUCACUCUCGGGUCCUGGCCAAUUCCUUCCCGGGCAGCUCCCCUUAUGAGGGCUACAACUACGGCUCCUUCGAGAACGGUUCUGGGUCUGCUGAUGGUCUGGCUGAUGGCACGGGCCCUGGGGACGUGUCCUACAGUUACCAGGGGCAGGACCAGUUCAAGCGGCGCCUCCCCUUUGGCCAGAUGCGGCAGCUGUACAUUGCCAUGGAGCGCCCUCUCGACCCCGAGGGUACCCGGCCACGACUGGACUCCAUGAGCUCUGUCGAGGAGGAUGACUACGACACCUUGACUGACAUCGAUUCGGACAAGAACGUCGUUCGCACCAAGCAAUACCUCUGUGUGGCCGACCUGGCUCGCAAGGACAAGCGUGUUUUGCGGAAAAAGUACCAGAUCUACUUCUGGAACAUCGCCACCAUUGCUGUCUUCUAUGCGCUUCCGGUGGUGCAGCUCGUGAUCACCUACCAGACGGUGGUGAAUGUCACAGGGAACCAGGACAUCUGUUACUACAACUUCCUCUGUGCACACCCGCUGGGCAACCUCAGCGCCUUCAACAACAUCCUCAGCAACCUGGGGUACAUCCUGCUGGGGCUGCUCUUCUUGCUCAUCAUCCUGCAGCGGGAGAUCAACCACAACCGGGCGCUGCUGCGCAAUGACCUCCAUGCCCUGGAAUGUGGGAUCCCUAAACACUUUGGCCUGUUCUAUGCCAUGGGCACAGCCCUGAUGAUGGAGGGACUGCUUAGCGCUUGCUAUCAUGUCUGCCCCAAUUAUACCAACUUCCAGUUUGACACCUCGUUUAUGUACAUGAUCGCCGGGCUCUGUAUGCUGAAGCUCUACCAGAAGCGGCACCCGGACAUCAAUGCCAGCGCCUAUAGUGCCUACGCCUGCUUGGCCAUUGUCAUCUUCUUCUCUGUGCUGGGCGUGGUCUUCGGCAAAGGGAACACAGCAUUCUGGGUUGUCUUCUCCGUCAUCCACAUCAUUGCCACCUUGCUCCUCAGCACCCAGCUCUAUUACAUGGGCCGCUGGAAGCUGGACUCGGGGAUCUUCCGCCGCAUCCUCCAUGUGCUCUAUACAGACUGCAUCCGGCAGUGCAGCGGGCCGCUCUACGUGGACCGCAUGGUGCUGCUGGUCAUGGGCAACAUUAUCAACUGGUCGCUGGCUGCCUAUGGGCUCCUCAUGCGCCCCAAUGAUUUCGCUUCCUAUUUGCUGGCCAUUGGCAUCUGCAACCUGCUUCUCUACUUCGCCUUCUACAUUAUUAUGAAGCUCCGGAGUGGGGAGAGGAUCAAGCUCAUCCCCCUGCUCUGCAUCGUCUGCACCUCAGUGGUCUGGGGCUUUGCCCUCUUCUUCUUCUUCCAGGGACUCAGCACCUGGCAGAAAACCCCCGCCGAGUCCCGGGAGCACAACCGGGACUGCAUCCUCCUCGGCUUCUUCGACGACCACGACAUCUGGCACUUCCUCUCCUCCAUUGCCAUGUUUGGGUCGUUCCUGGUGUUGCUGACACUGGACGACGACCUGGACACUGUGCAGCGAGACAAGAUCUAUGUCUUCUAGUGGAAGCCGGGCCCGUUGCUUCACUCAUGGGGCCCUGUGCCCCUUGCCUCACUGCCUAGAGCCUCUGUAGCACGGGGGGUGUGAGUCCUGCCUGGCUGCCCCGCACUGCGUGGUGGCAGGACAGCGAGGUCCAGCCCAGGCUGGGUCCAGCACAGUCAUGGCGGCAGCCUUGAGCCUUGCAGUCGCCCUCUGCCAGGGCCUGCUCCCCCAAAACUUGAAAUGUUGGCCAAAUUGCUGCUUUGUUAGCCCUGGGGGCCUUGUCUGAUGGCCGUCCAUUGGUCCCUCUGCAGGAGGAAGGAGGGGCGUGUUUCCCGCCCAUCUGGCACCUGCAUUCUGCUCACCCCUCCCUGCCUCCCGACCUGGGACCCACAGCCAGGGGCUCCCAGGCUCCUGCUCGAGGGCCCCAGUCUGGAGCUUGGCCCUCUGUCCUGCGCCAGGGCCCCACUUCUUUUGGGGCUGAACCUGGCUGCUAUCACUGCCUAUUCUGGGCAGCCAGAAAGAAUGGCGCUGUAUAGUUUUGAGGGCUGGCCAGCUGGUGCCAGGCUUUUGGUGCUAAGGCCCGCAAGGGGACCCUGGCAGGGCUGCCUCCUCCCUCUGACCUAUGCACAGGGCUGGCUCCUUAGCAGUGAGGGUCAGCCCACGUGUGAAAACCAUUGAUCUGAGGGACUGAAUUUAGAGGUCACCUUCCUAUCCCAUCAGCCCCCAGAGUGAUGUUGGCACCAGAAUUGGAGGGAAGUGACUCAACCCUUUUUCUUCCUAGGUCUUAAGUCCUGCCAAGCCCCAGCUGGGGGCCUUUCAGUGCCAUAGACACUGCCCGAGAAUGUCCAGGCUGAGGGGGGUUGUGAAGGGCCCAGCACACCCUGCCUCCGCGGCCGUGCGAGCGCCAGUCCACAUGCCAGUCCGCCUUAGAGGGUCAGAGAGGGGCUCCAGGCAGGGCAUACUCCCCCCACGCCCGGGGCCCCUCGCCCUGGGACGCAGGGCUGGCUUCCAAGUUUCCGUCCAGUCUUCAGCCCAGUUCCGUGUUAGUCACACACAUGCAUACAUGUGAAAGUUUGGAGUUUACACUGAGUCGCCCCAGCGCUGGGCCCGGGGGCUCUGGUCCUUGGCUUGCUGUUGCCCUACCAGGUCUGUUCCAGAGGCCCGUGCUGGGGAGGGCAGGUCGCGCCCCUGCCACCGAAUGGGAAGUGUUUUAUUCCACCCUACUUGUUUUUAUAGCUCCCCCUUGGGCUGGGGAGGGGAGGUGGGUCUGGAUCUGUUUUCAGAGCUCCAUUUAAUGUCUGUUUCCGUGCUAUGGUUGUGUUUCUGUUUUCUAUGAAUGAGUCUGCAUUCAAUUAAAGAAACAACCAAAUGCA